AGAAGAAGAGGAUGAGGAUGAGGAUGGAUGAAGAAGAAGAAGAAGAAGUAGGAUGAAAAGAAGAAUAAUUCCAAGCCGGCAAAAAGUGUAUGUGCAGAGUUCCUCUAUUUCUGACAUUUCUGGGACAUUCACUCCAUACAGCUGUUUCAACCGCUGUAUGGAGGGAAUGUCAUAGAACUGUCAGAAAUAGACUAUUAAUGACAGUUCUGGGACUGUCCUUCCAUACAGCGGUUGAAAACAUUGUAUGUAUUUGUUUCCAUAAAUGGAUCCAUUUAUGGAAACAAAUACAUACAAUGUUUCAACCGCUGCAUGGAAGGACAGUCCCAGAACUGUCAUUAAUAGUCUAUUUCUGACAGUUCCAU